CUCUCUCUCUCUCUCUCCACCAACACUUAAUAUUAUAUUUACUUCUUCACCUAUCAAAAACCAUAUAUAGACUAUUCCCUACUCAUCAAAUUGCCUGAAGAGCCUAGCUUCUUCCCUUAUCUUUUCCACAAACAUGGAUCUUCCAACACCCUCCAGCUCUCUACCCUUUCUCCCCAUUUUCAUCCUUUGUAUUUCCACCUUAUUCCUUCUCUCCCGCCUCAUCUCACAGCCACUCUCAUCCCGUCUCCGCCUUCUCGCAAGAGCCCAUUUCACAUGGGCUCCCAAUUCCCCCUUCGAUCUCUCCAAUUCCGAGCAUUUCGAUCGUUUCAUGAUGGCCAUUGUCAAAGAACUCAACGUCCGUCGAUACAAGAGCAACUCAGGUCCAAGUGAAGCAGUGGAAUGUGUGGUUUGCUUGUCUAUGAUCGAAGAAGGUGAAGAAAUCCGAGAAAUAAGCUGUGACCAUCUAUUUCAUAGAGUUUGCUUAGAUAGAUGGCUUGGAUAUCGUCAUGCAACAUGCCCGCUCUGCCGUGGAUCUCUAAUACCCAUGAGAUUUGCAGCUAAGUUAGGAGAAAUGGAAGAGACAGAAGAAGAGAUGCUGCUUCCCUUUUCCUUCCUAACCACUAGCAUACAUAGUACAUGGUGGUUAAGGUAACUAAUCGCCAUCGAUGUCGACAUCAACAUCAUUAUUUGUAGAAAUGAAGGGGUCAUUUAACAUCAUUAUCGUUGUACAUUUAUAUAAAUAAAUUGAGAUCCCCGUUCUUCA